GUCAAAUUCAAGUUCCUCUCGAGACAGCUGCGUUCCGCCCCUCCUUUUCUUCUCUUUUAAUCUAUACAAAAACCAUGUCUCGCGGAAUGAUGCAACCUCAAAUCAUCCUUCUCAAGGAAGGCACUGAUUCAUCGCAGGGCAAGGGACAGUUAUUGUCAAAUAUUAAUGCUUGUGGUGCCGUUGUGGACACCAUCAAGACGACACUGGGCCCUCGAGGCAUGGAUAAGCUUAUGGUCAAUGAGCGAGGUGAAGUAACAAUCUCAAAUGACGGUGCUACUAUCAUGAAACUCCUCGAUAUCGUACACCCUGCUGCAAAGACGCUCGUUGACAUUGCUCGGUCGCAAGAUGCUGAGGUGGGCGAUGGUACAACUAGUGUCGUCUUGCUUGCUGGAGAACUUUUAAAGGAGGUUAAGGGUUAUAUUGAAGAUGGCGUCAGCCCUCAUGUUAUCAUCAAAGGAUACCGCAAUGCCGCUCGAUUGGCAAUCAACAAAGUCAAGGAGCUGGCUGUCAAGAUUAACAAAGAUAAUGAAGAAGAAUUCCGUGAUCUUUUGACCAAAUGUGCAGCUACUGCCAUGUCAUCCAAGCUCAUCUAUUCACAAAAGGACUUUUUCACCAAAAUGGUCGUGGAUGCCGUACUUCAGCUCGAUCAAGACAGUCUGAUCGAAAGACUUAUUGGUGUGAAGCGAGUACCUGGUGGUGCUAUGCAAGAUUCGAUGUUGGUGAACGGCGUUGCAUUCAAAAAGACCUUCUCGUAUGCUGGUUUUGAGCAGCAGCCCAAGUCGUUCAAGGACCCCAAGAUUCUUUGCUUGAACGUCGAACUCGAACUUAAAGCCGAAAAGGACAACGCCGAGGUGCGCGUUGAAGAAGUUUCCGAAUACCAAGCCAUUGUUGACGCUGAAUGGCAAAUUAUUUUCCAAAAGCUGGAGGCUAUUGUCGCAAGUGGUGCCAAGGUGGUCUUGUCCAAGUUGCCAAUUGGUGAUCUUGCCACCCAAUACUUUGCCGACCGAGACAUCUUUUGCGCAGGCCGUGUAGCCAAAGAUGAUAUGGACCGUGUGAUCCAGGCUGUUGGCGGCUCUGUCCAAUCUACGUGCACCGACCUGCGAUCUGAACAUUUGGGCAUGUGCUCCUCGUUUGAAGAGAAGCAAGUCGGUAGUGAGCGUUUCAACAUCUUUGAGGGAUGCACACAGGCCAAGACGUGCACGCUGAUUUUGCGUGGCGGUGCCGAGCAGUUCAUUGCCGAAGUUGAGCGCUCGUUGCAUGACGCGAUCAUGAUUGUACGACGUGCUAUCAAGAAUAACCUGGUCGUUGCUGGUGGCGGUGCGGCCGAAAUGGAAGUGUCCAAAUAUCUCCGCGUCCACUCGCGUACGAUUGAAGGAAAGCAGCAAUUGAUCAUUGGCGCGUUUGCCAAGGCACUUGAGGUGAUCCCACGCCAGUUGUGUGACAAUGCCGGUUUCGAUGCUACAGAUAUCCUGAAUCAGCUUCGUAUGAAGCAUGCUCAAGGUGGCACCUGGUUUGGCGUGGACAUCAACAACGAGACAAUCGCUGAUAACUACGAAGCAUUCGUGUGGGAACCCGCACUGGUCAAGACCAACGCAAUUGCAGCUGCAACGGAGGCAGCCUGUCUGAUUUUAUCUGUUGAUGAAACUGUCAAGAACGCACAGAGCGAACAGCCUCAAGCAGGCAUGCCUCGCGGUGGAGGACCUGGCAUGGGCCGUGGACGGGGUAUGCCCAGACGUUAAAGCGAAAAAUACAAAAAGAAAAACCCAAAGUCUCCCAACAGAAAACAAUACAAAAGUAUACACCAACCAAAUAAAUAAAAAAGAGAAUUGCAUUUGUUUUAUUGC